AUUUGGCUCGCCGUCAUACUAGUGGGCGGGGUCUAUUGUAACUUGCGGAGGUGGUCCUGGGUUUGCCGCCGCUUAUCAUUGCUUUAUGGUUUUCGUAAAAAUCGGAUUCGGUAUUAACAUUUAAAUACGUUUUUAUAAGCCAUUCAAAACAGAUAACGACCCUGGAAAGUAUGGAAGAAUUUAAAAAACUACUACAAGAAAACCAGCAGCUCAGUGUGGUCGGGGGAGCAGUAGCCGCGGUCUGUACCACCGGAGUCAUCGUGUAUAAAAUCGCGACGAGAAAGAAGCCCACUCAUGUAUCAGUAAACUGUUGGUUUUGCAACCAGGAUACAGUGGUGCCCUAUGGAAACAGAAACUGCUGGGACUGUCCCACCUGUGAACAGUAUAAUGGUUUCCAAGAGAAUGGUGACUACAACAAGCCAAUCCCUGCUCAGUUUAUGGAGCAUCUAAAUCAUGGGGUGUCUGGUGGGAUUGUUAUGCCUAGCACAGCUAAAUCGCUGCAGUGGGUCAACUGUCAGAUGCUUCUGUGCAAAAAGUGCAACAACAAUCAGACAUUAAAGAUCAGACAGUUGGCCUCAUUUGUUCCCCGUGAGGAGGACAAGUAUGAUGAAGAAAUUGAAGUAUACAAGCAUCAUCUUGAGCAGACCUACAAACUUUGCCGUCCUUGCCAAACAGCUGUGGAGUAUUACAUAAAGCACCAGAAUCGUCAACUUCGAGCUGUACUCUUCAAUUACCAAUUGAAACGCAGCAGAGAAUCAGAUAAGGCCUACAUGCAGAAUGUCCAUUCCGCUGCCUUUUCCACUCCUGCUCGAGUGAUAUUCUUCCGAUUCUGUGCUUUCUUGAGCUGUGCAUUUCUGUUGGCAUUGGCAAUUUAUGGCUCUGGGGAUCCUUUUCCUGACGUCCACACACUUCAUGCAGGCUCUAGUGCAACUGCAGUUAACAACAUUACUACACCUGAUUGGUCCGUUAGAAAUGCCAGCAGUGAGACACUUGCCCUGUGGCCGGAGCUAAUUGGUAUUCUCCCUGAGGAGGCAGUGGAAAAUAUGAGAGUCUUGUGGAGCUAUGGAAAAAACCAUCAGAUGGCUGUGGUUUCUCUUGGAUUGUUCACUUGCCUGUUUGCUAUUUUUCUGGCUGGCCGCAUUAGGCUUCGCAGGGUGGAUGCAGUAGCCUGUAUAUUGUGGCUCCUGAUACUGGGUUUUCAUGUCAUGGAAAGCUACCUAAAUGCAGAUGUUCCCAGCUGGAUGGACACCGUGAAAUUCAGCACUACAUCCCUGUGUUGCCUAGUUGGCUUUAUGGCAGCUGUGGCUACAAGAAAACCAUCCAGCCAUCGAAGAUAUCGAACGCGAAGGUACUUGUCUGGAGACAACGUGGCAUCCUUUUACAACAGUGGGUCCAGUGUCCUUUCUCCAACGUUAGCCAGCUCAACAGAGUUUCUUCCUUCUCCUUCCCCCAAUCUGUCCUUUUUGGUGAGCCACCAGUUCUGUCAGAGGGUCCGCAAAGCCUCCCCAUCAUCCUUACCUGGUCGUCUAAAUCGAGCUCUCUCACUGGGAACGAUUCCUAAACUUACUAGAACAGAUUCUGGCUAUUUGUUCAGUGGAAGCCGGCCACCCUCACACAUUUCUCCCUACAAAGACACUGCAUCAGAUUAUUUCUCCUUAAAUGCUGGAAGCCGUCCAUCUUCUCCUGGACCCUCACCUGCACCUUCUGUUGCUGGAUCAAUUACUUCAACAAGCAGCUCGGCUAUCUAUCGUCGGCCCCUCAUCAGUCCAGCCCGUUUCAAUUUAAAGGGACAGAGGUUACAGCUGUUCACAACACCUGGAGAUGUGCAUCCAUCUUUAGCUGUUUCACCCUCACAUAAGUCAACUGCUGCUGCUGUCGGCCAUGUGUCCUCAUCAGACUUCAUGGCUUGUCCUUAUGAUGCCAAGUCUGUUGUAGAAAGUAGAAGUGCUUAUGAAGAACCAGAGAAGAGGAAGCAGGGAAGUUCAUCUCGCUCCUCCACUUGUCUUGUUGACACAACAACUGGAAACAGUCUGGACCACUCAGCAGGAUGUAACGGUCUACUAGGAAAGAUCAUCUUACGAGGCAUCCUGUGUAUCAGCCUGACCAUGAAUAUCAUCUUCAUUUCUGUGUAUCUGUACCAAGGCAUUCAGUGACAAUUUUGUUCUCUUUUUACACAAGUUCACCUAGAAGGUGGUCUUCUCGUCAGUAUACCAAGUCCUGUGUCUGCUUUCUGCCUGUCCUGGCAGUGUAAUUUCUGUCCUGUACAGAAGUUAAGGCACUAUAUGAGUGCCUUUUGCUGACUGCUGGGUGAAAAGGAAUGUUCAGCAGCUCCUGGUUUAGUGCUGUGGUUUUUAACUUGUUUCGUAAACUGUUUUGUAAAGCACCUGACAUUGUGUUCCUGCAGAUGAGGCCAAAUAUGUCUCAAAAACUAGCAGCACAUGGUAUUCUUUGCAGUGAGGGGGACUUUUUUCUUUUUUUUUUUUUUAAAGACUUAAUGUUAUCAUGUCCGAGUCAUUCAACUCUCGGUAAUGAGGAGGCUUAAAUUACUUGUGGACACUUAACAAAUAUUUAUAGUCUGGGUCACUGAAUCCAAGUGGACAAGUGAGCAAUGAUUUAUUUUUUGCAUAUUAGCCAAUGUUAAAGUUUAUUUAUCUGAAAAAAUUGUGAAAAUCCUGAAAUUUAAUCAAAUAUUUUACCAAUUUGGCCUCGUUUUUUGAAAAUGGUGCUAGUUUUUUUUCUUUUUUGUACUGUAUGUACACACAAACUGUAAAAAUGUGAACAAUGAUUGUGUUACUUAACAAGUCCUUGACCCAUGCUGGGCUAAGCUGCUAAAAAAAAAUGUAAUUCUGUUUUCACUUGAAAUGCCUCAGUUGUUUUGUUGUAAUUUAAGAAUUUUGUCCUAUUGUGAUUGCUCAUAUAGAGCCAAACAAAGAACAAAUGAACUCUUUCUCAGGUGUAAACAGAAGCAUGAAAGUGUGAUGUCAUUACCACAAACUCCCCAUCUCCUUGAAAAUAAACAUUUUCACUUUGUUGAUUUA